AUGGGUUCCUGUUUGGACACCUAUCUGCGUGUCUCUGCAUCUAGCCGUUUGGAAAGCUCCAAAACUUUAGGUUACCAAACAUCCCACAGCCUUAGAACUUCAACGCUUCGUCGGCCCAACCCUGCUCCUGCACCUUUGCAACUACGAUUAGCAGUGCCCUGGUUAGUUGGUCUCCUUCAGAGCUUAGCAUCAGUUCUCUUUUGCCGAUGGCCAGCACCCGCUGCCCAACUGGAAGCUGGUCGUCUCUGCAUAUCAGCAAAUGUUAACUUUUUGAUUCUUCGCGCAGCUGUUGCCUAUGGCCUGCCACUGGCAGCUAGCCUCGUGUUGAUUCUGGUAGCUGCCGGUCAAAUAGGCCGCCGGCACUGGCCAAGUGGGUACAUGGUCACCCAUGGCUUUGAAGAAGCUUGCUUAUCUACUCGAUGUGAAGCGAUCUGCUUGCAGAAUCAGAAACUUGAAGCCAAUUCUAACCCACAAGUUCGGCCUGGCUUUUACCUCGCCUCAUUUUUUCGAAAAAAGCAAGUAAGCAAAGCUUAUCGGAGAAAUACUUUCGACAGAAAGAAAAAUCCGAAGGGCAUAAACAAAAUCAAAGCUGAUGAAGUGGAUGCUGUGGCUGUCAGGCUAGCCUCUGGAGUUUCUUGGAUAAAUGGGGAGUCGGGACUACUACCACAUGCCAGUGUGUCAAGCCAAAUCCCUGAUAUGCAAGCUGGCAGUACGUCUAUUUCGGAGUUUGGUCUCUCAGGAUACGGUUUAUUGCGUGACAGAAACAUGGUUGGUGCUUAA